CGGAGGCAGCGGCUGCGGCGGACGCCGCUCCUCCUCGGCAGGGGUCGCCGGCGGCGAGGCCGGAGGCGGGGCGCGGGCUGCCAUGGCUCAGGCGGCCAAGCAACUGAAGAAAAUCAAAGACAUCGAGGCGCAGGCCCUGCAGGAGCAGAAGGAGAAGGAGGAGUCCAACAGGAAGCGCAGAAACCGCUCCCGCGACCGCAAGAAGAAGGCCGAUGCUGCUACCAGCUUUCUGAAGGCAGCACGAUCAGGUAACUUGGACAAAGCUUUGGAUCACCUGCGGAAUGGGGUAGAUAUUAACACCUGUAACCAGAAUGGGCUGAAUGGCUUGCAUCUGGCCUCCAAGGAAGGCCAUGUGAAGAUGGUGGUUGAGCUUUUGCACAAGGAGAUCAUUUUAGAAACAACAACCAAGAAAGGAAACACCGCUCUGCACAUCGCUGCACUUGCUGGCCAGAACGAGGUGGUCCGGGAGCUGGUCAACUAUGGUGCCAACGUCAAUGCCCAGUCCCAGAAAGGCUUCACACCCCUGUACAUGGCAGCACAAGAGAAUCACCUGGAAGUGGUUAAGUUCUUACUGGAAAAUGGAGCCAAUCAGAAUGUGGCCACAGAACCCAGGCACGCUGGUCUUGCCCCUCCUUUGCAGGAUGGCUUCACCCCACUGGCGGUGGCUCUGCAGCAGGGCCACGAGAAUGUGGUGGCCCACCUCAUCAACUACGGAACGAAAGGCAAGGUGCGCCUUCCGGCCCUGCACAUUGCAGCCCGCAAUGACGACACACGGACGGCUGCUGUGCUGCUGCAGAACGACCCCAACCCAGAUGUGCUUUCUAAGACGGGGUUCACGCCACUGCACAUCGCUGCCCACUAUGAGAACCUCAGUGUGGCCCAGCUCCUCCUCAACAGGGGCGCCAGCGUCAACUUCACGCCACAGAAUGGCAUCACGCCUUUGCACAUCGCCUCCCGCAGGGGAAAUGUGAUCAUGGUGCGGCUCCUGCUGGACCGAGGGGCACAGAUAGAAACGAGGACCAAGGAUGAAUUGACACCUCUCCACUGUGCAGCUCGGAAUGGGCACGUGCGCAUCUCAGAGAUCCUGCUCGACCAUGGGGCACCCAUCCAGGCCAAAACCAAGAAUGGCUUGUCCCCCAUUCACAUGGCGGCUCAGGGAGACCACCUCGACUGUGUCCGACUUCUGUUGCAAUACAAUGCAGAGAUAGAUGACAUCACCCUGGACCACCUGACCCCCCUCCAUGUGGCAGCCCACUGCGGCCAUCACAGGGUGGCCAAGAUCCUGUUGGAUAAAGGGGCCAAGCCAAACUCCAGAGCCCUGAAUGGCUUCACUCCCCUACACAUCGCCUGCAAGAAGAACCAUGUCCGUGUCAUGGAGCUGCUGCUCAAGACAGGGGCUUCCAUCGAGGCAGUCACCGAGUCUGGCCUGACUCCUCUCCACGUGGCUUCCUUCAUGGGGCACCUGCCCAUUGUGAAGAACCUCCUGCAGCGGGGGGCGUCCCCCAACGCUUCCAACGUGAAAGUGGAGACCCCGCUACACAUGGCAGCCAGAGCAGGGCACACAGAAGUGGCUAAAUAUCUGCUCCAGAACAAAGCCAAAGUCAACGCCAAGGCCAAGGACGACCAGACCCCACUUCACUGCGCAGCUCGAAUCGGUCACACAAACAUAGUGAAACUCUUGCUGGAAAACAGCGCCAACCCCAACCUGGCCACCACAGCUGGGCACACUCCUCUGCACAUCGCAGCCCGAGAGGGCCAUGUGGACACAGCCCUGGCCCUGCUGGAAAAGGAGGCGUCUCAGGCCUGCAUGACCAAGAAAGGAUUUACCCCUCUCCAUGUGGCAGCCAAGUAUGGGAAGGCGCGGGUGGCUGAGCUGCUGCUGAAACGCGAAGCACACCCAAAUGCUGCUGGCAAAAAUGGCCUGACGCCCCUGCACGUGGCUGUUCACCACAACAACCUGGACAUCGUGAAGCUGCUGCUGCCCCAGGGUGGCUCCCCGCACAGCCCUGCCUGGAAUGGCUAUACACCCUUGCACAUCGCUGCCAAGCAGAACCAGAUGGAUGUGGCCCGCAGCCUGCUGCAGUACGGGGGCUCUGCGAACGCAGAGUCCGUGCAGGGCGUGACUCCCCUCCACCUGGCUGCGCAGGAGGGCCAUGCAGAGAUGGUGGCACUGCUCCUCUCGAAGCAAGCCAACGGCAACCUGGGGAACAAGAGUGGACUCACUCCCCUCCAUCUAGUGGCACAAGAAGGGCAUGUGCCAGUGGCAGACGUGCUGAUCAAACAUGGUGUCACAGUGGACGCCACCACCCGGAUGGGUUAUACACCGCUCCAUGUGGCCAGCCACUACGGAAACAUCAAGCUGGUGAAAUUUCUGCUGCAACACCAGGCAGACGUUAACGCCAAGACCAAGCUCGGGUAUAGCCCCCUACACCAGGCGGCCCAGCAGGGACACACAGAUAUCGUGACGCUGCUGCUGAGAAGUGGUGCUUCCCCGAACGAGGUCAGCUCGAAUGGAACCACACCUCUGGCAAUUGCUAAGCGUUUGGGCUACAUUUCUGUGACAGACGUGCUCAAAGUCGUCACAGAUGAAACCAGCAUAGUGUUAGUCAGUGACAAGCACCGGAUGAGUUACCCCGAGACAGUGGAUGAGAUCCUGGAUGUCUCUGAGGAUGAAGGAACUGCUCACAUAACUAUAAUGGGGGAAGAACUCAUAGGUUCCAAGGCUGAGCAGCAGGAUUCCAGAGACAUGGAUGAAGAGAGAGAGCUGCUGGACUUUGUGCCAAAGCUAGACCAGGUGGUGGAAUCUCCUGCCAUCCCAAGGAUCCCGUGUGUGACCCCUGAGACAGUGUUGAUCAGGUCGGAGGAGCCGGAGCAGGCCUCUAAAGAGUAUGAUGAGGACUCGCUCAUCCCCAGCAGCCCAGCCACAGAGACCUCUGACAACAUCAGCCCCGUGGCCAGCCCUGUCCACACCGGGUUUCUGGUCAGCUUCAUGGUUGAUGCCCGGGGAGGCUCCAUGAGAGGAAGUCGCCAUAACGGGCUGAGAGUGGUGAUCCCGCCAAGGACCUGUGCAGCACCGACACGCAUCACCUGCCGCCUGGUGAAGCCCCAGAAGCUGAGCACACCACCCCCACUGGCCGAGGAGGAGGGUCUGGCCAGCAGAAUCAUUGCACUGGGGCCCACAGGGGCCCAGUUCCUGAGCCCUGUGAUCGUGGAGAUCCCCCAUUUUGCCUCACACGGCCGAGGGGACCGCGAGCUUGUGGUCUUGAGGAGCGAAAACGGCUCUGUGUGGAAGGAGCACAGGAGCCGCUAUGGAGAGAAUUGCCUGGACCAGAUCCUCAGCGGGAUGGACGAGGAGCUGGGGAGCCUGGAGGAGCUGGAGAAGAAGAGGGUCUGUCGCAUCAUCACCACGGACUUCCCCUUGUACUUCGUGAUCAUGUCGAGGCUCUGCCAGGACUUCGACACCAUCGGGCCUGAGGGUGGCUCUCUGAAGAGUAAGCUGGUGCCACUGGUGCAAGCCACGUUCCCUGAAAAUGCCGUCACCAAGAAAGUGAAGCUGGCUCUGCAGGCCCAGCCCGUCCCAGAUGAGCUGGUCACCAAACUCCUGGGCAACCAGGCCACAUUUAGCCCCAUUGUCACCGUGGAGCCACGACGCCGGAAGUUCCACCGCCCGAUUGGACUCCGAAUCCCACUGCCUCCUUCCUGGACAGACAACCCAAGGGACAGUGGGGAGGGAGACACCACCAGCCUGCGCCUACUCUGUAGCGUCAUAGGCGGAACUGACCAAGCCCAGUGGGAAGAUAUCACAGGAACUACCAAGCUUGUAUAUGCCAACGAGUGUGCCAACUUCACCACCAAUGUCUCUGCCAGGUUCUGGCUGUCGGACUGUCCACGGACUGCAGAGGCUGUGAAUUUUGCCACUCUGUUGUACAAAGAGCUGACCGCAGUGCCCUACAUGGCCAAGUUUGUCAUUUUUGCCAAGAUGAACGACCCCCGGGAAGGGCGGCUGCGGUGCUACUGCAUGACAGAUGACAAGGUGGACAAGACCCUGGAGCAGCACGAGAACUUCGUGGAGGUGGCCCGGAGCAGGGACAUAGAGGUUUUGGAAGGAAUGCCCCUUUUUGCAGAACUUUCUGGGAACCUGGUACCUGUCAGAAAGGCUGCCCAACAGCGCAGCUUCCAGUUCCAGUCCUUUCGGGAGAACCGCUUGGCCAUCCCUGUGAAGGUGAGGGACAGCAGCCGAGAGCCAGCGGGGUUCUUGUCAUUCCUGCGCAAGGCCAUGAAGUAUGAGGACACCCAGCACAUCCUCUGCCACCUGAACAUCACGAUGCCCCCCUGCACCAAGGGGACCGGAGCUGAGGACAGGAGGAGGACCCUGACCCCCCUGACCCUGCGGUACAGCGUGCUCAGCGAGUCGGCUCUCGGUUUCCCCAGCGGGACAGACCGAGCCGACUUGAAGGUGGCCGUCAUUACAGAGCACCUUGGCCUCAGCUGGGCCGAACUGGCCCGGGAGCUGCAGUUCAGUGUGGAGGAAAUCAACAGGAUCCGGGUAGAAAAUCCCAACUCUUUGUGGGAGCAGAGCGCAGCCUUGCUGAACCUCUGGGUUGCCCGGGAAGGCGCAAAUGCAAAGAUGGAAAACCUGUAUGCGGCCCUGCGGAACAUCGACCGGAGUGAGAUUGUGAAUAUGUUGGAGGGCUCCGGCAGACAGAGCCGCAACCUGAAGCCAGAUCGGCGGCAGGCAGACAGGGACUACUCGCUGUCGCCCUCCCAGAUGAAUGGUUACUCCUCGCUGCAGGACGAGCUGCUGUCCCCUGCCUCCCUGCACUACGCGCUUCCCUCUCCGCUGCGCGCGGACCAGUAUUGGAACGAGGUGGCCGUCAUAGACGCCAUCCCACUGGCCCCCACGGAGCAUGACGCCAUGCUGGAGAUGUCUGACAUGCAGGUGUGGUCUGCGGGCCUCACACCCUCCCUGGUCACUGCUGAGGACUCCUCUCUGGAGUGCAGCAAGGCCGAGGACUCUGAUGCCACACAAGAGUGGAAGUUGGAGGGGGCGCUGUCAGAGGAAUCGCGGGGCCCGGAGCUCGGCUCUCUGGACCUUGUGGAGGACGACACAGUGGAUUCAGAUGCCACAAAUGGUCAUGCUGAUUUCCUUGCCCAGGAGGAAGGUCAGAGGUCACAAGAGAAGAGGCAGGAGGACUCCGCAGGUGCAGGGCAGGACUCAGAGAAUGAAGUGUCUCUUGUUGCAGGCCAGCAGAGGGCGCAAGCCCGAGCCGCAGACUCGCCCUCCGUGAGUCCGGUGGUGCUGGAGAGGAGCCAGCACAGACAACAAGACUGGGAAUUAGAGGGAUCCAUUGCCUCCUACCUACUGGAGGAAGCCACGCAAGACCGACGUUCAUCCCGGACAACACUGUCCACUGUCCAAGGGCCACAGCAUGACAGGGUGCUGGUGUCUGCUGGCGAGCACACGUGGACGAUGCAGCCUGCAACCCAGAGCUCCCAGGCUGGCAGGGAAGAAGGUGUGCGAGCAGCCACCUUCCUGCAGGGGAACGAGCUUCAGAAUAUUCCAGGGGAGCAGGUGACAGAGGAACAAUUCACAGAUGAACAGGGCAACUUUGUCACCAAGAAGACUAUCCGCAAAGUUGUUCGGCAGAUAGACUCGUCUGGUGCUGAUGAGACCCAGGAACAUGAGGAGGUGGAGUUGAGAGGGAGUGGCCUACAGCCGGACCUGCUGGAGGGCAGGAAGGGGGCUCAGAUAGUCAAGCGGGCCAGCCUGAAACGGGGCAAACAGUGAUCUCAAGCCUCUCUCCUUGCAGUAGCCUCUCGGGAGGAUCACACCUCGACACCCAACCCCUGACUCCAUACACUCUGCCAUGCACACAGGAGGAGUGCUGGACCCGAGGGCGACAGAGCGCUGCCCAUGUCCCUCUAGGCUCCCAGCAUGACCUCUGUGAGGGCUCCUUUAGUCUCCUACCGCAUGAACGACUGGCUGUAGACUGCAUGACCUACAGUCUGCAAUCCUGCCCCAGCGACUGCGGGACUCGGGGAUCUGUCUGCUGUCGAGGAGGGGAGAGGAGAAGGGGAGGGGACACGUGAAAGGGAGAGUGGGCGAAUGCAAAGGGCUCUUUCCUGGCUGGGGAUGGUUUGGGUUUUUUUUUUUUAAUUGUUUUGAUUUUUGACUUCGUACAGGGUACAUUUUUUUCAACUUUCAUCUGUAAAAAGUCUAUGUGGGCUUCCUGGAAAGAAAAAAAAAACUAGGCAUGAAAUCAAGUUAGCACCUCAAUCCCGUGUCCAUCAGCGUGGCCUCUGCACUCACCUCCAUUCUGUGUGCCACUCUUCCGGCCCAGGGGCCAGCCCCACACCAGGACCCCCAUGGGCGCCUGCCCCUCUGGCAGCCACACACUGAGUUCACUGCGGCCUCUGAAGCUGUGUGGACCCAGCUGUGGAUAAACUGGGAUGUCUUUUCUUUUCUCUCUCUGCCAGUUUCAGUAUUAAUCAUCUUCCAAUGGAAAAAUCAUCACCCUGAGCUUGUAUUGGGGUCCUUUGCAUUAGGGGUUUAAGGGUCAGAAGCGAGGACCCCUGGCUUAGCUGAGGGCUCAGGAGCCAGGGUGGGGGAGCGCAAAGGUCAGCGGGAGAAGGGCCGGUGGAUGCCCGGACCGCACCAGCAUGACCAUAGAGAAGAGGUUUUUCUAGAUCUUCAAGCACUUCUACCAUAGUCCGUGUCCAAAGUGUAAACUGUACAGUAAUCAGCCUUGUGUAUAUGAAAAACAAUAAAUACUAUGCAAACCACUAGAAACA